UUUUAUUUUAUUUUUCCACAUUACAGAGAGGCACUGCAAUCUUUUUCUGCAAGACCUCUCUUCCCCACCAGAUACCUGUAUCCCGGGCUCCUCAGUGACUCCGUGCCAAACGGCUCCAACCGCGCUCAUCACUAAUCGAACGGUCUGCCCUAAAGCCCUGUCAUCCCUUCGUCCCAAGGAUCCCCUUGGCGUCUGGGCGAACCAGUCUGUUCCCUUCCCGCGACGGUGCAGAUUGCUCCGUGACCCGCAUGAAGUCCGGGUCCCCGUCGGCUGACAAUUGACUUUUGCACAAAGCCUGUCUGUCUCGCAUGUACACAGAGACAGACAGACAGACAGACAGACAGACACACAUACGCCAGGCCCUGCACAACACGGGUUCCGGGCACGCACAAGUAUCCGACCCCGACAUCCAAGCCGUCCCGCAUAAACCGAAUAGUAGUAGCCCGAGAUCUGAGGUCCGUCCGCCAUGUCAUCCGAACAGCUGAACGUCAUCGCAUUGGUCUCGGGCGGUAAGGACAGUUUCUUCUCCGCCCUGCACUGCCAGAGGAACGGGCACCGGCUCGUCGCCCUCGCCAACCUCUUCCCGGCCGCCCCUGUCAGCGCCGGUUCCAACACCAGCCCGGCGACCGUCGUUUACAAGCCCAACGGGGAUCACGUGAAGGUUGCCAAGAAGCAGCGCGAGGAAGGAAAUGAGGCUGGGAAAGGGGCCGAUGACGACGUCGACCUGAAUAGUUUCAUGUACCAGACCGUCGGCCAUCAGGUCAUCCCCUUGUAUGCCGACGCCACGGGUCUGCCGCUCUACCGCCAGCCCAUCUACGGAGGCGCCAAGUACGAUGGCAGAGACUACGACUCGCAGGCCGCCUCGUCGCGAAAUGGCGACGCGGAUGAGACGGAGAGCAUGGUGCCGCUCCUCCGCGCCAUCAUGGCCGACUACCCGGAGGCUAAUGCGCUGUGUGCGGGAGCGAUCCUGUCAACGUACCAGCGGACACGAGUGGAAUCCGUCGCGCUGCGCCUGGGCCUUACGCCGCUGGCAUAUCUCUGGAAGUACCCCACGCUGCCCCCGGUCGUCCCGGGAGUCGUCGAGGACGCCCAGCUGCUUCACGACAUGGCCGCCGCCGGACUGGACGCGAGGGUCAUCAAGGUCGCGAGCGCGGGGCUCGAUGACGACUUUUUGUGGGAGAAGGUGAGUAGCAUAUCGGGCGCCUCUCGUGUGAAACGUGCCCUGAGAAAGUUUGGCGCUGCCGAGGGUUCCGUCAUUGGCGAGGGAGGCGAGUUCGAGACGCUCGUGCUCGACGGCCCGCCCAGUUUGUUCCACAAGGCCAUUGAGGUGCCCGAGUGCGGUAGACGGGUCGUCAGGGAAGGCGGCGGGACGUCGUGGUUGAGCUUCCAAGGGGCAAGUGUCCGAGAAAAGCCGGCCCCUGACACGGACAUGGGAGAAAGCUGCUCCUCGCCCCGAGUCCCAGACGUCUUGGAUCCGAGGUUUCGAUCCUUGCUGGACUCGCCGCCUCAACCCGAGGAAGGCCUGUCCGAAAACGACUUUGCGAAAGGCGACGGCACGACCUCGGCAUUGUCCAAAGCUCCUUCCAACGACAUUCACUGGUAUCUAGACGCCAGAGCGGGACCGGGUCAGAGCCUGUCCGUCGAGCAACAGACUGAAGAGAUAGUCCGGCAAGUUCGGGAGCGCCUCGCUACACAUUCUCCGCCGUUGCCCACGACGGCCAUCACCAACACCAUCAUCGCCCUGAAUUCCAUGUCGGAUUUCCCCGUGGUCAACAAGAUCUACAGCAAGCUGUUUCAGCAUCCCAACCCCCCAUCUCGCGUAACCAUCUCUUGUGGCGAUCUCCAGGAGGGGAGUGCGAUCAACAUCCAUCUGACGGUCAAGCCGCGCCUGGGACAUCGCGGGCGCAAUGGCCUCCACGUCCAGUCACGGUCCUACUGGGCGCCUGCCAACAUCGGUCCGUACAGCCAGGCCAUUGACGUGCCCCUGAUUGUUCAAGGGGGGUCUCUGUCUCGGGACGGGCAGGAAACUAUCUCUACCGGGACCAGAUCGGUGACGAUCGCAGGGCAGAUUCCGCUCGUACCGGCGAGCAUGGUCUUGCCUGUCCAGAAGACAGGCAACUUGGAAAUGCAAGUCGUCCUGUCCCUGCAGCAUCUCUGGCGCAUAGCCGCUGAGAUGAAGGUACAGCUCUGGACCAGCGCAGUUGCGUACUUCCCGCAGACACCGGAAGAUGCGAACAAGAGACGCCAAAGUCGGCUCGCUGCCGCAGCUUGGAAGGGCGCGCACGCCCCCGACGAAGACGAGGACGCGGACAACGAAGGCGGGCCGGAUCUGUGGGAUCGAAAGUUCAACCCGGCGUACAUGUCACUCGGAGACGACGCCUCGGCGCCUCCGAAACUCCCAGACUGGUCCGCCGUCAAGGGCGUGGCCGAAGAGGUUGACGGGGGAGAUGGCAGGAAGCCGGUGCCUCCUUUCUUCGCGGUCGAGGUCGAGGAGCUCCCCCGGCAGGCCGGCGUGGAAUGGCACGCUCAUCUGGGUAUCUCGGGUCUCGCGCCGUCGUCGGUCGAGUACCAGACCUUCAACCUCGAGCCGUCGGACGGGGAACCCUUUUACAGACGCGUCUGCCAUUUCGUAGUCUCGGGUAGGCUAGUCCAUACGACUAUAUCCUGGCUCGCGAGGCGCGGCCGGGGCGUCCGCUCGCCGUCUUCCCUCUCCGACGUGGGUGAGUGGAUGAGGCGUGCGUACCUGAAGUCCAUAGGCAGCGAGCAGAGCGCUUCAGAGGCCGGGUUCCCGUACCUGAUGUACCUGAACGUGCCGGGAUGUCCGUUUACGGCCGCGGCGCCUGCCGAUGUCGGGAAGAAGUUGGAGCGAAUGACGGCGUACGUCAAGGCCAAGUCUAUCUACGACGAGAACGGAGAGUUUAUUCUUGCUAUUGGUUUGUGGAAGUAGAUUGUUCACGAAUCUACAAAGACGCAGGAAUCGACCGGCGUUGGUACUCCAGAGCGUGGUCGGUCCGUUUGUGUGUGUGUGUGUGUAUGGAUGCAUCUCUGAGAUAGUACACUGGGAGAAACGUAGGCACGGAGGCGCGGAUCCUGGUUGCGUGCUCAACUACACGUCUACAUGAUUGGUUGCACGCCUCGGAACCCCAUGACGGAGGCUGAACUCGUUCCCUUUCCCUCGUCCCGCUCUCCCUCUUCUCGAGACGUUCCGAGGUAAUACUCCCGUGGACGACGACCUGCCUGACAUCCGCACAUCUGGAUUUAUGCCCAUCUGCUAAGCGGAAGGGGCUAUAUGUUGGUGUUUGAAUCCUUAGCACACACACAACGGGGAAUGCCAGCCAUCAAGUAGCUUCUGUAAGAGAAGAGGAAGAAACAGAGUCAGGAAGUGCGGAAGACAGAAAAUCCGGGGAAGGAACCCCCAAGAGUCUUAUUUCCCGAGGUGAGGUUGAAGGACUGAUUCAUGCAUAACUGAC